CUUAAUUGAUCGUUGUUACUUCUGGAGCCUAAACAACCGGACCAGGGUCUGCAUAGCUGUACAGCUUCCAGAUUGCUUGCCACAGUGACAAAACCUUUCCUUAACCCACAAAUGGGGCAAAUCACGAGCCAGAAAAGUUACUCGUGUGUGUUUGUGUGUGUGAGAGAGAUAUUUUUUAAAGUUAUUAUUUUACAGUAAAAACGGUUAGAAUUAAUUUUUAAAUUUAAGUGAUAGCAAAUCUUAUGGGUCUUGUGUCUUGUGCAAAAUACAUUCCUCAAAAAUAAUUUUCGAGAAAGAAAGUGAGGUGAUGGAGAGUUGGCUGAAGUUGGAAGAACUGGGUUAUCCUACCCACCUAGUGAAAAGACAGCCGGUGCUAGGAAGGUGAUAUUCUUCAGUAGUCAAGAUGUCCUCAGCACCUGAGCCUCCAGCAGCAAAGAAAGACCCACCGAAAGAGAGGAACUUUGAAAACCCAGGCCUCCGAGGGACACACACCACAACCUUAUUUCGAGCUGUGAAUCCUGAGCUCUUCAUUAAACCUAACAAACCUGUAAUGGCCUUUGGACUGGUAGCCCUCUCCCUUUGUGUGGCUUACAUUGGUUAUCUGCACGCAGCACAAGAGAACAAAAAGGACCUCUAUGAAGCCAUUGAUAGUGAAGGGCAUCGUCACAUGAGGAGAAAGACAUCCAAAUGGGAUUAAGUGCUGUUUGCUUCAGACGGAGCGUUAUUGCAGGCUCGGAAAUCUUUAAAUGAAAGACUCUCUGAUAGCAUGGAAUUAUGUUUCUUGUUCCGUAAUCUGUUAACAAGAGAGAAUACACAAUUGGAAGCAGUCUACUGUGCUAAAUAUAGUCCCGCUACAGCUGCGGCUGUUAGCCCUUUCUCUUCCCACAAAGGAAUGUCUCAAUGUUUCUUCUGUGAAAAUGCCGUAAGAAUGGGAGUGUUUUUGUUCAAUUCUGUAUAAUAAAAGUACCCAGUCCUGUUAAACUUG